CGCAUCCUGCUCUCAUCUCUCCUCCUCCUUCUCUGGCUCUUGUUUUUCUUUUUUUCCCUCGUGGUGACUGUGCAGGAGGGGUAUGCUCUGUCUGUGAGCUUCUUUUUUAUUUUUUAUGGGAGACUCAAGGUCGUGCCGGGCAUCAUGACUUUUAAAUAACCAUCAUGCAACAACCACCGAUGUUAUAACACGACUCGUCUCAGUCCACCACCAGCUCCAGCUCCACCAUCACCACCUCUUCAGGGAAAACUAACACCACCUGCCGACGCACCUCACACCAUAUGACCGUCUCAAAGAUGACAUGGCGUCCUCAGUACCGCAGCUCCAAGUUCCGCCACGUGUUUGGUAAGGCCGCCACCAAGGAGAGCUGCUAUGAUGGCGUGCCAAUCACACGCAGCGUCCAGGACAACAACUUCUGUGCUGUCAACCCACGUUUCCUGGCAGUCAUCACUGAGUGUGCCGGGGGAGGGGCCUUCCUGGUCCUGUCUGUCCAUCAUACAGGUAAAGUGGACCCUCACCACCCUAGAGUGUCGGGCCACAGAGGCAACGUGUUAGACAUCAAAUGGAAUCCCUUCAAUGACUACUGCAUCGCCUCUUGCUCUGAGGACACCACGGUGAAAGUGUGGGAAAUCCCUCCUCAUGGUGUGUUCAAGACCCUCACAGUACCGUGGAAGGAGCUUCAGGGUCACAGCCGCAGAGUGGGCCUCAUCGAGUGGCACCCGACUGCUAACAACAUCCUCUUCAGUACAGCCUAUGACUACCAGGUGAUGAUCUGGAAUCUGGACUGUCCAGAACAGGUGAUCAAGAACCCUGUGCGGACAAUCAGCCACCACACAGAUGUUAUCCUCUCCAUGUCUUUCAACACAGAUGGCAGCCUCUUAGCCACCUCCUGCAAGGACAGGAAGGUGCGACUCAUUGAGACACGCUCAGGAAACCUGCUGCAGGAAGCAAACUGCAAGACGCACAAAGCCAGUAAGGUGCUGAUUCUGGGUAACAUGAAGAUGCUCCUCACAACAGGCACUUCACGUUGGAAUGAUCGACAGAUGGCUCUGUGGGAUCAGGACGACCUGUCUGUGCCUUUGUUACAAGAGAACCUGGAUGGUUCGUCAGGAGUCCUUUUUCCUUUCUACGACCCUGACACACACAUGCUCUACAUUGUUGGGAAGGGUGACGGAAAUAUCAGGUACUAUGAGAUCAGCUCAGAAAAACCUUAUCUCCACUACCUAACAGAGUACCGCUCGCACCUACCUCAGAAAGGAAUGGGUGUGAUGCCAAAGAGAGGUCUGGAUGUGAGCUCCUGUGAGGUGUUCAGGUUCUACAAACUGGUGACAAUCAAGAGUCUCAUUGAGCCCCUUUCCAUGAUCGUGCCCCGCAGGUCGGAGUCGUACCAAGAAGACAUCUAUCCAAUGACAGCUGCUAACAAGCCUGCUUUGACUGCAGAGGAGUGGCUCAGUGGCAUCGAUAGAGGCCCAGUGCUGAUGAAUCUGAAGCCUGGAAGUCAAGCACCAGAGUCAUAUUCAGAGAUGAGCAAGGGCCUGGGAAACUCGCAGGACACUCGCAGGUCUCAGAGCAGACCAGGCAUGCUACAGCUGGCGUACAUUCAGGACCAAAUGGGAACCAAAGACAGCAAGGGAGACGGCGGCAAUGCAGAGGAUGACAGGAGUCGGACACCCGUCAGCAACGGAGAAGACCUCGCACUUUGUUCACCCCCGAGAACAGAGAACGAGUUGCGUCUGAAGUUCCACAAGCAGCAGGAGGAAAUCCGACGGCUGAGGGAGCUCCUCAAUCAGAGGGAUGUGCGCGUCAAACAGCUGGAGCUGGAGAUUAAGAACAUCAAGAACACCCAGUCUCAGAGCUCACUUUAAGGCUUGCCCGGCCUACGACGUCACCCUCACCUCCUCAUGGGAGGCAUUACUGUACAAACCCCAUUUUCAGACCGCCAUACCCCUCUUUAGGGUCCUGACUCUUAUCCUUUAAUGAGUUCCUCAUACUCACUGCACAGGGGUGACUGAAACCUCAACGUUGAGUUUUAAUCAAUCUGUCAUUCUGUCAAUUCCACACAAGAUGCACAUAUUCUUUGUUCAUGUACAUACACUCAGAGUCUAACCCAGCUGUAACAUGUUUUAAAACUCUCGCAACUGUUGACCUUUACCCAGUUUCUUUUAUACGCUUAACAGCUAUGCAAGUUUCUUGUAAUUUUUUGCUUUUUUUUAUGCUGUGAGAUCAAAGGAUGUUUGUGUCUGUCGUGACUGAAUGAUGUGGCUGUCUGCGUGUUGGUUUGAAAGUUGUUGCAGGGCAGGCGCAGACAUCCUGUGUGAUUGUACGAUACCGUUGAACUUAUUUUCUAUGCUUGGUGAUUCCUAACCCCCAAUAUUUAAACUAGUCGAGAUGGCUGCGGUGUUAAUGUAUGUGUGCUUGAAUGAGAAUGAUCUAAAUGACCUGCGUUCCAUUGAGCUGCAUUUGAUUUUGUUUUUGAAUGACUGGCAAAUUGGUGAACAAUUGAUCCGUUUCUCAGCAGCUGGUGUGUAAGCCAAUUCUGUAACUGAUGCCAUGUAGCAGUUCUGAUCUUCAUUUUUAUAUUUAUUUUUAAAAUACAGUCAAAGAAAAUACCAUUUUAAUCAAGUACUUGAAUUUGCGACUGUAAUUUGUAACGCAAGAUGUUUUAAAAAGGACCAAAAAAAGCCUGCUUUCUUUUUCCUGAUGUGGAGUCACUGUGAAGAAACAAUUGAAAGUCAAUGUAGAGCUGGAGUCUUGCACCACUUCUGGGUUAUUUUGUGUUCCACUAGCUUUCAUUUUCUGAAUGUAUUUUCCUCAAGAGUGUUGGGGUUUCGUAUUUAAAGCUGAAAGGGUAUCUGCUACUGUAGUGGACAGUAAAAUUUUAGCGACUCGCAACUUUGGUGAGUGACAGCAUGAGUUAGUAUGGCAGAUAAGAUGCUAUAGUUUUGCCAUACCUUUUAGUAUUUUUGCUUUAUUAGGCCAAGAUACUCUGUGUCUUGAUUUGGUAAUAAUUUAAUUUACUGGAUUAGACAAAAACAGACAUUCUCAUUUUCUCAGUAGGGGUAUAACAGUUUCCAGUAAAUUUAAUAUAUCAUGAUAUAUAUUGAUAUUACAAUCUGAAAAUUAUAAUAGCAUUUAAUUCAUAUUGCCCACUCCUAUGCAGAAUGUGUUGUUGUUGUUGAAUGCUAACAAAAAGCCACUUACUCGCCUGUUCUGGAGCUUUAUACGGUCUUCAUUAGCAGAUGACAUUUGUAGGUAAGGGGACUUUGAGUAGAGAUUUUCUUUUGUCAGCUGCUUUUUCCAAGGUCAAGAAUAAAUUGUCAUGCUGAAUUUUAAGCCAACAAGGAUGAGAAGUCCUAAUACAGAUAAGUAGAUUCCCAGUAUGCUGUUUCAGCUUUGAAAGAACCCUCUUGUUUGAAAUGACUGGAUGAAGCUGAGCUCAACAGGGGGACAGGUCUUUUUCUCUAAAUAUGAAAAUUUUGCUCAAAUGUGAAAGGGAACUCAUCAAUGAUUUGUUAUAUGCUUAGCUGUCAUGAUCUGUUAAUGCAACCACAAAGACUUAAAUAACUGUAUAAUAUAUUCUGAGCAGUUAGUGAAGUCCAUCCUAAUGACAAACAGCAAUGUGUUUUCCCUCAGGGAAUGUCUGGAUGGUGGGCAUGGUUUUUGCCACAGUGCCGUCAGACCAGCUCAUAAUUGUUGCUUUCAGAAUCGAGGGAGUUGAUUGUAACCUGCAUUUUGUUGAGAGGAACAAUUCUCUGAUUGGCAUGUAAAUAUGCAUAGAUGUAACAGAACCGCUUGCAGAUAUUAGGUAACACAAACAAUAUAGCUGUUGAUCCUAAGAAAACCAGUCAGAUGCAGCAUAAAUUACCAUGCAUGCCUGUAUUUAUGUAGUCAGAGGCACAAGCACCAUAAUGAUAUUCUAGAUUUAGCUUAGAUUUCAUGGCCACUUGUCAAAGAUGUAACACAUGGAAACUGCCACACCAACCCACACACAUACAGACUCACUGGCCUCAAUACAAUUGUGAACCUUUUGACCUCUGGCAGGACAGUUCCAGCACAGCUUCAUCUCUGGGCUGACUUUUGUCCAGGAGCAGCAACGCCCAGCCAGUGUAAACUCUAACCACCACUGCUGUUGGUGGACAAGUCUCAACACAUUCCUGCUGUUCUGCUGUUUUUACAGUUGCUCAAGGGCUGAUGUGGCUGUUGGUUUACAUCACAGCAGUUCAAGGUGACAGGUUGUGCUUAACAUUUUGCUUCUUUUCUGUCAGUCAUUCCAAACAGCUUAAUCAUGUCUGUGUUUCACAUAGAAUUUAUUCAAACAAUGAUUUUAUUUGUGUUUUUAUAGUAUUUGUGACUCUCAGUAAUCUGCCUGCAAAUGAAAAAAAGGAUUGUGGGAUGAAGGAAGUGUUUGCCAAAAUAGUGCAUUUAAAGAACAAUUAUUGGUUAGCUUGGGAAUUCAAUGCUUGGUGCAGUUUGUACCACAAAUAAAUACUGCAUAUCCAGGGUUCCUACAAAUUUUCCAUUUCAAAAUUCAUGCUUUUCCAGACUGAAAUUCCCAGACUUCUUGGUAGAUUUUUCAGACCAUAUUUGACAUCGGAGUACAAAUAGCUAGAUGUUUAUUAUGUAAAUAAAUGGUUUUAAAAUCCAA